UUACAGAAUGAAUAGGAGUAAAAGCAAAAGAAAAACGCUGCGCCUGGACUGGACUGGAGCACGGCCGGGGAGCUUUAUUAUAGUUGAGCAGCACGUACAGCAGCAGCCUGCAACAUCUAUAAACCUGUCGACGCCACCAACCGCGGCAGCAGAGCGCAUCACGCAGCUCGCCGUUGACUCGCGACUGCUACCACUACUUCACUCCGGAGUGCCGCCGAUUCAGGAAGGAAGGAAGGCAACGGCAAAGGGCUCCGGAACGGAGGAGAAAUGGCCGCCGCUUCCAUCGCGCUUCACCCUCCACGGCUCCAAGGCCCAGGGAAAGCUGCACUCCCUCCUCGCAUACCAAACAGGAGCAGAGUCACUGUCAGCGGUACAAGGAGCUUCGCCACCAGAGCCGGCUCGAAUCCGGGGAACGUGAGCAUCCCGAAGCAAUGGUACAACCUGGUGGCCGACCUGCCGGUGAAGCCGCCGCCGCAGCUGCACCCGCAGACGCACCAGCCGCUGAAACCCAGCGACCUGUCCCCUCUCUUCCCCGACGAGCUCAUCCGCCAGGAGCUCACCGAGGAGCGGUUCGUCGACAUCCCGGAAGAGGUCCGCGACGUCUACGAGCUCUGGCGCCCCACGCCGCUCAUCCGGGCCAAACGCCUAGAGAAACUUCUCGGCACGCCGGCGAAGAUCUACUACAAGUACGAAGGCACUAGCCCGGCAGGGUCGCACAAGGCCAACACGGCCGUGCCGCAGGCGUUCUACAACGCCGCGGCGGGGGUGAAGAGCGUCGUCACCGAGACCGGCGCCGGGCAGUGGGGCAGCGCGCUCUCCUUCGCCAGCACGCUCUUCGGCCUCACCUGCGAGGUCUGGCAGGUGCGCGCGUCCUACGACCAGAAGCCGUACCGAAGGCUGAUGAUGGAGACCUGGGGAGCCAAGGUGCACCCUUCGCCGUCGGAGGCCACGGAGUCCGGGCGGAAGCUUCUCGCGGCGGACCCGAGCAGCCCGGGCAGCCUCGGCAUGGCGAUCUCGGAGGCGGUGGAGGUCGCGGCCACCAAUGGGGACACCAAGUACUGCCUCGGCAGCGUGCUCAACCACGUGCUGCUUCACCAGACCGUCAUCGGCGAGGAGUGCCUGGAGCAGCUGGCCGCCAUUGGCGACACCCCUGACGUCGUCAUCGGCUGCACCGGCGGCGGCUCCAACUUCGGGGGGCUCGCGUUCCCCUUCAUGCGCGAGAAGCUUGCUGGCAGGAUUAACCCGGUGUUCAAGGCCGUCGAGCCCGCGGCCUGCCCGACGCUCACCAAGGGGGUUUAUGCUUAUGACUAUGGCGACACGGCCGGGCUCACGCCGCUCAUGAAGAUGCACACGCUUGGGCAUGGCUUUGUCCCCGAUCCCAUCCACGCAGGUGGGCUUCGUUACCAUGGAAUGGCACCUCUGAUCUCUCAUGUGUAUGAGCUUGGGUUCAUGGAAGCUAUGUCCAUACAGCAAACCGAAUGCUUCGAAGCUGCCUUGCAAUUUGCGCGGACGGAGGGGAUCAUCCCGGCGCCGGAGCCGACGCACGCCAUCGCGGCGGCGAUCAGAGAAGCGCUGGAGUGCAAGAGAACAGGGGAGGAGAAGGUCAUCCUCAUUGCGAUGUGCGGCCACGGCCACUUCGACCUCGCCGCCUACGACCGGUACCUGAGAGGCGACAUGGUUGAUCUGUCGCACUCCUCCGAGAAGCUGAAGGAGUCGCUAGCCGCCAUUCCCAAGGUCUGAUGCUACCUGGAGAUUGGCAGAAGAAAUAGCACCGUGGAAACAAAAUAAGAUGAAUAACGUGACAGCUUGAUGAGCCUAGGCAUGUCGGGUUUUAUCUGCUGCCAAAAUUAUACAGGGUGCAUGGCCAAAAUAAAACCGAAUCAAUAAAAGAAUUUCUACUGCUCCCUCGAUCUCCAAA